GAAGCCCUGGCCACGCGCCUCCGGAGGCGCGUGGGCCCCACCCCACCCCGCCUCUCCCUCUUUCUUACACCAUAUCUGCUUCGAGCAUCGUCUCAGAGACCACGCAGGCGCAGAACGCAGAAAGAACGACAGCAUAAAGGGCGAAAGCAGUCGCGGCGGAUCAAGAAAACCUCCUCCCCCGAAAGAACCCAACAGCCUAGAUUCACCGAACGCCCAGAAGAGAAGCAGCCCACCUGCAGAAUCGUCGUCGAGAUCGAACCCCUCUUCUUCUUUUUUCCCUCCGGCCGUUCUUGUCGGGGCCUCUUCUCGCCAUGGCCGACAGGGAAGAAGAGCCGCCGGCGUCCCCCGCCUCGGCGGCUGCGGCGGUGGCGGCGCCGUCCACGUACCCUCUGAUCCUCAGGAUCAUGAGCAAGCGGCGGACGUGGGCGUGCCUCUUCGUGCUCGUGUACGCCGUCCUCCUGUCCUCCACUUGGAACUCCCUCAAGUCCAUCCUCGCCUGGUACCAGUCGCAGGCCAACCAGCACCCGUCGUCCGGGUGGCCCGCGCUCUACGCGUCGGUGCUCCUCGGCGCCGUCUUCGGGGUCCUCUCCAUGGUCGCUGCCCUCGCCGUCGCCAUCCCGGCGACGCUGGUGACGUGGAUCACGGUCGUGGUGCUGCUGGCCUUCUUCGGGAAGCCCAAGAGGACGCUGGUCCACGAAGGGAGCAAAAUGACGAAGGAGAUCGUUGGGAUGGUGGGCAAGGUUCUGCUCAAGGAAGGGAAUGUCGUGGCCGCGGUUUGUGCUGUUGUUGGGUACUUCGCCCUCGUCAAGAGGAACGCUGAGGGUGACUGACGGCAUAGAAUUCGAUUUGUGACAGAUUCAGGUCGGCAAAUUUUUCAUUUUCUUGGGAAGAGAUUAGGGAUUUGGGGGUUCUUGGUGAGAAAAAA